UAAGCGAUGAGCUACCUAAGAUCCAUUCGACCCUUGGCACAUACGGCGGGUGUCACUUUACGGCAUCCCCACAGAAUACCAUCGGUACAAUGCACCAUACCCAUUGGAAUUUCGAUACACCCACAAAGAAGAAACUUUUCCUACGAAGCCACCGUCAGCGGCAUCUGGCAAUCACUCUCCCAAAGCGCUCCGGUUGCAUACGUACAGCAUGGUAUGAUCAACCUGCACGACCUCUCCGGACUACCAUGGUGGGCAACGAUUGUACUCACGACGGUGGGCCUCCGUACGCUAGUCACCUUACCGCUGGCCGUUUAUCAAAACAAAAUAUUAACCCGACUGGAGCAAAUCUCACUCGAAAUGCCCGAACUGAUCAAAGAACUGAAGGCGGAAACGGCUUACGCGAUGAAAAAGUUUAACUGGAGCGAGAAGGAAGCCCGGAUCAUGUACAAUCAUUCGCUAAAGAAACAAUGGAACAAACUAAUAGUGAGAGAAAAUUGUCACCCAGCCAAGACGAUGGUGCUGCUCUGGGGUCAGAUACCGCUGUGGAUUGUACAGUCGGUAGCGAUACGGAACCUUGUCUCGAUGAUGCCCGAUCCGACCGCAAUCGAGGCACAGAUCGCAUACACCGAGCUAACCCUUGGUGGCUUCGGGUGGAUACCGAACCUAACCGAACUGGACCAUUCAUUGAUUCUUCCCGUAACGUUAGGCAUCAUUAAUCUAAGCAUCAUUGAGAUACAAGCAGCAUCCCGUACGAAACUACCCUCCAAAUUGCAGACCAUUUUUACCAACCUGUUCCGAGCGUUGAGCGUUCUCAUGGUACCGAUAGCGGCAUCCGUUCCAUCGUGUCUCUGUCUGUACUGGGUAACAUCGAGUGCGUACGGGUUGGGACAGAACUUGUUGCUUCUUUCACCACGCGUACGUCGUGCUGUUGGGAUACCGCUCGUCCCAUCAGAACUUACCCAUCCCUACCAACAUCUACGCAGUACGUUUGGCGCCAAACUCGCUACACUAACGAAUAUCGGUUCUAGUAAUCAUCCGCCAAGCACGAAAGCAUAA